GUACUUUCAAGAAUGAAUAUCAGGACACUCUAGAAACUGAAAGUGUAGCGAGAUGAAUGAAAUGAGAUCCUGGUUCUUCUUCGGUCUCACUGCAAGCAGUGUUGCGGUACAAGCUUUCUCCAGGUACAACCACAUCCAUCACGACGAAUACGAAUUCAUCAUGAAUGCACAAAUCAGUACUACUCAUCCUGGUGUGGUCUGUCUUAACGGCGAAUUACAUCUCAAUGUAAGCCUUGCGAAGUCUAUUUGGAUCUUGUCUUGCACUGAUGUCGCCAUUCAUCGACGUAAUUUUUACUGGAAACUUGUGCCAUACUAGUUACUAUGCAUUUUCUUGUUCCGUAAUGGCAAUCCUCUUCCUCCUUCUACCGCUUGUGUGAUUCUUCAUUCAUAUCUCUGGUCAGGUCGUAGUGAGUCAGCAGUUCUAUCAAUAUAGGUACAACAAGGAACAACUGCUUCUACAGCUUGCCUGGAAGACCGAAGUAUCAAAUAAUAGUUCUAGUACCUAUCUACGAUCAAAAAAAAUGUCAUACGACGAGAAAAAAGUGGAGGACCUCAAGGGAUUGUGCAAGCAGAGGGGUCUCGCAGUUACCGGGAAGAAGGAUGUUCUUGUUAAAAGGUACUUGUUAUGCAAUUUGUUGUACCAGUUUUGGUCGUCUCAUCUCUACGUCUACGACUGGCUGCCUACAACUCUGUUAAAGUUAAUCCUUUUCACCGAAAUAUUAACAUCUCUUCUACCCCACUCCACCCCACUACUAAAUUUUAGGUUGAAAGACGACGAUCUCGCCAAAGCCAAGAAGGCCGCCGCUAAGCCCGCAUCGCCUAAGGUCUCUCCAAAAGCCGCUCCGGCACCAGUUUCCAAUGGGAAUUCACCGAAAGUGGCACCUACUUCUCCUAAAAACAAGCCUGAGGCAACAACAUUGGCUACUAUGUCUGAUGCGGAGAGAGCCAAGCUACGAGCCGCACGAUUCGGAACUGAUAAUCCAGAUGUAUCACUUUGAUACCUGCCAGCAGGAUAUUCUUUGUUGUUAGUUUUUACCUUUAGUAGUUAUUUUGUCGUAGUAGAUUUAGUUUCUCUGUUAAACGCGACAAGAACAACACCACAAGUAACCUAAUAUUUUCCUCCCAAGGGACUAACCUAAUAUCAUGAUAUCACCUCAGUUGGAGAAGGAGAAGCAGCGCCAAAGGGCUGAGCGUUUCGGUCUUCCUAAUGAAGACCUGGAAAAAGAGAGGCGGAAGCAGAGAGCGGAACGCUUUGGAACCCAUAACGAGGAUGUCGAAGCUGAGAAGGUCAAAUCUCGGCAAGAGCGAUUCGGCACUUCCAACGAAACCGACAAAAUUUAUGAUUAAAAGUUUUUAUUCAUCUUCUACUCGUCUCAUCUCAGCAUCUCGAUACGCCGGAUACCCUCUUCCCAUGAAAUGCAAGGAAGAAAGAGGUCCUCGAAGUUAGGGGAACCGUCGAGAUGAAUAAAAGGUGACUCCUCGUCUAAAACAUGAAAGCGCGACAAGAGCGUUUUGGUACCGGAGCGGCGUCGAACAAUAAGCUGGACCAGCCUCUAGGACCGGUGAAGCGAUCAGCAGCUGCCAAUGGAGACGCCAAUGACGAAGAAUCACUGAAGAAAAAAGCAAGGAUGGAAAGGUAUUUGAAUUUGUUGUUGAUACUUCUACUUUACGUUUAUGAUUUUACACUUCUCUUUGAUGGUCUUGGUUAGUAGACGAAAAUGAUGAUGUUCUUUACCACCUUUUAUGUUCAUGCACGUCAUACACUGACUGUACACGACAACUUGUUCACGCGACUCAGGUUUGGAACUUCGGCUAUGAGCACGGAAGCGCAAAAAAUCGAGGCUCGCAAAGCACGAUUUGCGUAAAUAGAAACAGCAAAGGCUAGCCAGAAAGAGACUGCAGGUUUCUGCAGACUUGAAAUAUGAUGAUAACCCAUAGUACUUGAUGUUGAUGAUGUCGUUGUAGCCUCAUCUUGGGAUCACGAAACCAUCGCGAUCUCUGACUCUCUGUCUCCGCCCUGCCCCCUAGGAAAACAGAUAGGAAAAGAAUUGAAAGCUGAAGAAUUUAGUUUUGAUUUUUCCCCCUAAAAGGUCCCCUCUAUUAUACGCAAACAACAAAACACAACAUGAAGAUGCUACUUCUAUACUGAAUUGAAGGAUAAUAGAUUUCGUUUUCAUAUUAAUAUGCCGAACAGAACUUUCUUUCGAAAACGUUUUCGAAGACACUGACGAGAAUACUAGCCACAAUCAACAUAACAGAAAUGUCAUCCACAACUGGUGACCAAAACCGAAAUAUAUGACGCUUCGACCACAUUCUUAUUCUGGCUUUGGAAAUUGAUGAUACUGAACCCGAAUAUAUACUUUAAUGCUCUUCCU